CUGGAAGCUGUUGCAAACUUACUGCACGCUCGGAGAGACGAGGACCUGAGUGCUUUAAAAGACGUCAAAGCACUUGUGAUAGAGGAGCCUGAGCUGAAGAUUACUGUGAAGUGCAAACAUUUUUAAGUCAACACUGCCUGACGUUGUCAUUUGUUUUUCAAGAAGACAUGCAGCUGAACUAACAGUUUGCUGGACAAAGCCAUCAGGGGGCGAUGGCUGACAACAGCAGCUCCAAUGGCAACAGUUGGACCAUUCUUGCUCCAGAGGUAAAGGAAUCUGGAGUGGAGAGCAUGGGUUCGCUGUCUGACGGUCAGGGAGAAGUGCAUGCAGAACCAGCUCUCACAAAAUCACCAGUGCUCUCAGACACACCAGCAGAGCAAACUCGCCCUCUUGAUCCUCCACAGGUGACGCCACUAGAGGGCAGUGAAGAUGCAGCUGUCACACACAGUACCAGUUUGAAAGAGGACACAUCGUCCAGCAUCCCUGUUCAUGUUGAAAACCUGACCUCUUUGACCCCAGACCCUGAAGAGCAAGAAGCCUCUGGUACUGGGUUUGAAAACCAACCCCUAAUUGAUACAGAAUCAUUCUCUGACUCUUAUACACACAUUAGGCCAUCAUCUGUGUCCGCUUCUCUCCCGGGAGCAUUAGAGGAAGAAGAAGAGGAGGAGGAGCUUUCACAGGGGGAAGACAAGAGUGAGCUGAGGAAGACUCUGGGAGAAGAGUUUCAGCCAGAAGAGAGGGCGAAUGAGGGCGAUGGAGUAAGGAGGAGGAAUGUAUCUGUCCUGACACCUUUGUACCAUCGAGAUGAAGAGGAGGAGGAAGAGGUUGAGGAAGAGCAGUUUAGACAUCCUCGGAGAGAAGGAGAGGGAGACAUCGGGUUCACUUUGAACAAGUGCAUUUUUGGAGCGCUCGUUCUUCUAGGCUUGGGCACCAUAUUCUUCUCUGGUGUUCUCAUUGAUCUGGAUGAUGAGGGAGAUGCUGAUUCCAAGGACCUGAAAUAUUCAGAAGCAAAUAAGCAGGACUAUUCACAAGGAGACCUACCCGGAGGUGUCCAGCCACCAGAAAUACUGGACGAAAUGGCCAAGGAGAACCAGCAAAUUGCAAGCUUACAGGCACAGAUUCAGGAAUUGGAAUUAAAGGCUGCACAACUUCAAGUAGAGGAAGGCAGCAAGGAAAGACUGAAGAGGGAGGAGCUGGAAGCUGAAAACCAAAGGAUGAGAGGAGAGUUAGAUAAACUGCCUGCAAUUCAGAAAGAGUACGAGCAAGAGAGUGAAAUAGUAAAAAAAGAGAGUGAAAGAGUCAAUAAGGAGCUCGAAGCACUUCCGGCUAUGCAGAAAGAGUUGGAGCAUUUGAAAGAUAAAGUUGCAGAGCUCACUCAGAGUACAGGAAAUGUGCAAGCUGUGGAGCCCUCUGCUGGACAUGAGGAAGUACCGAGUAGUCAGAUCAGGCAAGAGAGGAAGGAUAAAAAAGCUUGGGAGAAAGAGAAGAAAGAGAGAGACCCAGAGUCAGAAAAGAAGGAAUGGAAGAAGGAUAAAAAUGUAAAGGUGAAUGAGCAAGAUGGCAAAGGAAAAAGCAAAAAGGAUCAUAAAGAGUGGAAGAAAGAAGAAGACGAGCAAGGGAGGCGCAAGGGAGAAGGAAAGAACAAGGAAAAAGACCAUAAGCAAGAAGAUGCCCAAAGAUGGAAGCUUAAUGGUGAAAAAAGUAAGUCCAAGGAAAGGAGUGGGAAAAAGGACUGGAAGGAAGAUAAAAAGUGGGAAAAGGAGAAGCAUGGAGAAUUUGUUGACAGAAAAUGGGAGAAAAGAGAUAAUGGAAAGGAAGAUAAGGAAUGGAAGCAAAAGGACUGGAAAGAAGAGAAAAGAAAUAAAGGAAAAGAAGACAAGGAAUGGAAGCAAAAGGACUGGAAGGAAGAGAAAAGAGAUAAAGGAAAAGAAGACAAGGAAUGGAAGAAAGAGAAAAGAGAUAAUGAAAAGGGAGACAAGGAAUGGAAGCAAAAGGACUGGAAGGAAGAGAAAAGAGAUAAAGGAAAGGAAGACAAGGAAGGGAAGCAAAAGGACUGGAAGGAAGAAAAAAGAGUUAAAGGACAAAAAGACAAGGAAUGGAAGCAAAAGGAUGAGAAGGAAGAGAAAAGAGAUGAAGAAAAAGACAAGAAAUGGAAGCAAAAGGAUGGGAAGGAAGAGAAAGAAUGGAAAAGGCGUAAGCAUGCCAACCAGCAUGAGAAAGAAUGGAAAGAGAAAAGUGAUCAAAAAAAGGACUGGGAAGAGAAAAAGGAAUGGGAUGAUGAAAAAGAGAGAAGAGCAUCAGAUGAUGAAAAGUACAGUAAUAAAAGGCAAAAGGAGAAAUCAAGGAAAGGCAAGAAAGAUCAUGAUGAAGAAAACGGUGAAAGAAAAGACAAGGAGGAAAAGCAUCAUGGUGAAAAAGAGAAAGACAAACCUAAACGUGGAAAGAGAGCAGCAGGAUGGACAGAGGAAAAAAAAUACAAAGACAAGAACAAUAAAAAAGAGGAGAAGAUGGGUAAAAAAGGCAAACAUGAAGCAUCGCACCAUUCCUACAGUGACCAGAAGCACAGCAAAGAUCACGUGCACGUAAACUACUGGGCUAAACAGAGGGAGAAAAUCCGUCACUAUUACGGCUCAACUGAAGACUGCGCUGAUGUCACAUCCUGUGCACAUGCAGAGGGGCUUGCUCCUGUUUCCCAACAGGAUUUUGAGGCGUUCAUGUCUGGCUAUUUGUCAAAGCUUCAAGGACAUGAGGACCAAACUGAAAGAAAAGAGGAACUGAGCAAGCUCAUCAGCGAGUUCUUCACUGAUGGAGUCUACGUCCAUGAGCAGAUACCAUUCAGCGAGUUCGUGGAGGAUGUGGAAAACAUUUUGGAAGACAUGGCGAAUGGAGAUGACGACGACGAUGAUGAUGAUGACGAUGAUGAUGACGACGACGACGAUGAUGAUGAUGAUGAAGUUGAGAAAGAGAUGGAGUUAUUUGCGAAAGAGGCCAUGGAGAAAUUCAGGCUUCAAGAAAAAGGGGGAAGUAAAGAGAAAAGAGGGAAAGUGACAAGAAAAGGGUAGAGGGUUAAAGGGGUAGCAUUUAUACAGAGGAUUUUGAUUAAAGUGUGUCGUGUGUAGUUCUUGCUCUGAAUUGUUCGUAUAGUGAGGGUUCCACAUUUACAGUACAUGAUCCUGUUCACCUGGUUCAAAACAAGGAGAUCUAAGCACUGCUACUGUGUAACAGUUUCCUGGCUAUAAAUGUGAGCAGAGUGUGUGUUUUGGUGAUAUUUAGGCUUCUAUGGCAUGAUGCCUGCUAUGCAGCUUCUAACAAAUAACGUUGGGUUUAAACUGUUUGUGUGUGUGUGUGUAUGUGUGUGUGUAAAAUGAGGUACUUCCUGUUAUGACUGAGUGGUCUAAUAGUUUGAGUGCUUUUUUUUUAGGUUCUGGUGUAUCAUUGCCUAUAAACAGAUGUCUGUCAACCACAUAGAGCAAAGCUAUCUUAGCUUUGUCCUCUCAUUUCUUCAUACACUGUCUGGCCAAAAUUUAAACGUCCCCACUUCAGAAAGGUCAACUUAUUAGCCUGCAUCAAGUACUGAAAACAAUUAACGUGUUUUGAAAUGACUGGAAUUGGGUUAUGAACUGCCAAAACAUUGGUAAACUUAUUAGAACUUUCAACUUCCUGAAAGAAAUGUGGUCUGAAAAAUAUCAUAUUGAAGAUGCACGGUAAAAAAAAAAAAACUGAUGAGAAAUCACAGAUACGUGUAAUAGUAUAAUUAGAGCAUUUGCGAAUGCACAAUGUGACACAAACCCAUAGGAUUGGAAUAAAACAGCUGUGACCAUAAGAAAACCACUUGUUGGUAAUUGGAAAAAAGGAAAAAACAUUUACAUUUGCUAUGGAACAUAAAGAUUGAACUUUAAUGACCCUAUUCUAGAUUGACAGGUGCGUCAGGGUACCGCAUAAAGUGAUGCUUCAUCAUGCAUAGUCUCUGGAUGUGACAAUAAGAUGAGGCAUGUUCCAGGAUGCAGAUUGAGAAAAAGUCGCUCUGGGAGCAUGAUAAAUCAUUUUCACACAAGAACUGGCGACCACAUUGUGUGCUGUAAUCAAAGCAGCAAUGGAGGGGCGGGCAGGCAGUGUAUAAUAUGCACUGUAUGGCAAACUGUUUAUGGACACUUAUUACAUCCAGAUGUGCUUGUUGAACAUCCCGGUCCACAUUUAGCUGUAAACAACCUCAACUCGCACUUCACAAGACUUCGCAAUUGACUUUGGAUUUGUGCCACAGCCUCAAGCCUGCAUUCGUAAGAGCUUUAAUAAGGUCACGAUGUCGGUUGAGGAGGCCUGGGGUACAGUUGGUGUUCCAGUUCAUUAAAACCAUGUGUCAUGCUCAAUGUUAUUUAUUUCUAGAAAAUGCCCGGCCUGUGUCUAACCGUUCCACACCCACACUUGCACCACUACCCAGAAUAAGUCAUUUAACACUGCCAAAGACUUCUAUGGUGUAUCUGUCCAGUAGGCCUGGAGUGCAGCCUGCAUUCCAAUUCAACUAGAUGUGUUUACUGGUGCUGAGGUUGCCGCUUUGUGCAAACCACUCCAGUUUUUUUUAUGCCAACCUCGGCAAACCAUGCCUACAUCGACCUUGCUUUUUGCAAAAGUGCACCGUCAUGCUGAAACAUGUUUGCACCUUGAAGUUUUAGUAAAGGGGAAUUGUAAUGCUACAGCAUACGAAGACAUCCUGUACAAUUUGAGGAAACAUUUUAGGAACCACAUCUGGGUGCUGGAUGGUCAGGUGUUGUUCAUAUAUUUUUGGCCAUAUAGUGUGUAGUCAUCCAUAGACAGACAGGGUUUUAGUGUGUAAAAGUAUUUGUGUACAACAUUAUGAGAAAUCAUAUUUUUUGGAAACUAUUAUUGGCUGCGUGUAGUUCAUGUGUAGCAGUGCUGAGGUUUCUUUAACUUUCGCAAUAAUUUCCGUUAUGAUCCACAUUUCCGAGUUUUGAUUUGUUUUGUUAAUUAUUUAUGAAUGUGCUUUAUUAAGCUACAGUAUGUGUUGUUUAAAGUUUGAGAAACUUAAAAAAGAAAUUAGUACUUCUAAACCCAAACUGGUUCAUAUUUUAAAGGGUAGACUUGCACUGUCGGUAGGGCUUUUUUUUACUCAUAUUUUUGUCUAUUGCACUGUAUAUUAAGGACUGUUUGCAAAAAAUAUCACAUGGUACAAGAUAUUUUAAUAUUUGUCCAUAUUUAUGACACAAAAAGUCUAUCUUGCACUGAUUAUUUGUAAUAGAGAGGGAUACAGAACUGUGUGAAGGUUUUAAAGUGAAAUGUCUUACAAUGAUCAUAACUAAUAAGUGUUUAAAUCUGUAUAAAGCUGGCACAGAUCUAAAAGAGAAAUAUAAUUUUUAGAGAAUAUAGUUAACCUGUUCAUGGUACUGUUUAGAUCCUUGCAUUGUGCAAUAAGUUAAUAAGUAUGAUAAGUAUUAUGGAUAAUGCUGAAAUGUCUGUGCUUUGGAAUAGAAUCAGGGAAUAGAAUAAGCCAUCUUUAUUGUAUUUGUACUUAUCUUUUCAUGUAAUCGGUUAAACAAAGAGCACAUUUUAAAAUAGCACUGUGCAGUUUUCAGUUCUGCUUACUCUGUACUUUCACGGGAUGCAAACUUCUACAAAAUGUUACACCUUGAACAUUUCAUUUUUCACAUUUCACUAAUAAAGCCAGAUUUACCCAAA